CUGUCCGGGGUGCUGAACGUGUCGGGGGUGCUGGGCUCGGUCUGAGGCUGCUGUCGCACGGAUCCGGUCUCGGUGUUCUGGUGGCGAGCCGCGGUCCCCCCGGAGAACCUCUAUCUGCCGGUCCCGGAGAUGUCGACGCGGAGGGGGAGGGGAGCGUGAGGUCAUGAGUUCAGCCCUCGGACACUGAGCAGAGGACCAGAGCCAACCAGCAGCAUCAAAAUGAGUCAGGACACAGCAGAGACACGAACACGAACCCGCUCCAAAGGAAGCCGGGUGUCGUCAGACCUCGUGGGCCAAGAGAUGAAGCCGGAGUUAAACAGCUGUCCCACCCCUGGAUGUGAUGGAAAAGGUCACGUCAGUGGAAGAUACUCUCGACAUAGAAGCAUUCUGGGAUGCCCCAUCGUGAAGAAGAGGAAGCUGGAGGAGGCCGAGGAGAACCAGUCGGCUCCCAAGAGGAGGAACCGGCCGGCCUCAGAAGCCGGAGACGAAGGCUUCAAUGCCGACAGCGACGCGGCAGAGGAGGAGGAGGAGGAGGAGGAGGAGGACAACAAAGAAAAGAAGAAAGACAAAACUAAAUGCAGCCCAGAGUCAACAAAAACAGAAAGCUCCCUGGUGACAGCAGAGGACACGGAGACGACACUUUGUCCUCCGGAGGAAGUCGGCGACAACGAAAGCUUCACGUCGGAGACGGAGACGACCGCGGAGACGGAGACGACCGCGGAGGAGGUGAAGCCGGUACCGCACACCGAGGAGCAGGAGGAGGAGGAGCCAGAGACCAAGGAGGAGGAGCAGGAGGAGCAGCUGGUGACGAAGGAGGCGUCAGAGCUACCUGAAGAAGAAACGGGCGUCACAGAGCUUACAGAGACAAAAGAAGAGGAGGAAGAGGGAGGAGAUGAAGAGAAGGAAGAGGAGGAGCAGCAGGAGGGGGAGGAGGAAGAAAAGCUGACAGAAAGACACGUGAUCAGUCAGGAGAACUCUGACCACCAGUACUCCAGCGGAGAUUACAACCAUCAGGCCAAAGAAUCAACAGAGGACCAGAUUGAGAGGGAGGAACCGGAGGAGGAGGAGGAGGAAGAGGAGGAAGAGGAGGAAGAGGAGAGGGAGGUUCACCAGGAGAUCGACACUCCGUACACUUUGAGUCCACGCGCCCAGGGGUCUGAGGCGGAGAUGUCCCUCAGGGAAGAGAAGGUCAGCACUCCUCUCACGGAGUUUGAGGAAGAAGAGGAAGAGGAAAGAGAGGAAGAGGAGGACGAGAGGCAGGGGAAGGAAGUGGGCGAGGUGGUGGAGGAAGAAGAGGAAGACCGAGAGUCCAGCAAAGCCUCCCCGACCACGGUGGUCAUCGAAGUCCGCUCGGAGGAGGACGACGACGAGGACGAUGACGAGGAGGAGGAGGAAGAGGAGGAGGAGGAGGAUGAGUAUGAAGGAGAUGAGCAGGACCGGGCCUCCGAGGGCUCGGGGGUCACGGACGACUCGGAGAACUGGGACAUGACCAGGGGGAACCUGGGGCUGCUGGAGCAGGCCAUCGCCCUGAAGGCGGAGCAGGUGAAGGGGGGGCAGGAGGCCCGGAGCUCCCCGGACUACCAGCCCUUCAGCGCCUCCGGCAAGAGCGGCGAGCCGGCCGCCGCGGCCCGGAGGACCGCCCACUACAGCAAGGAGAAAAAGGAGGUGAAGUGUCCGACGCCGGGCUGCGACGGCACGGGUCAUGUGACCGGUCUGUACCCUCACCACCGCAGCCUGUCUGGAUGUCCUCACAAGGACCGCAUCCCCCCAGAGAUUCUAGCCAUGCAUGAGAACGUCUUGAAGUGUCCGACUCCCGGCUGCACGGGACAAGGCCACGUGAACAGUAACCGCAACACACACCGCAGCCUGUCCGGCUGUCCCAUCGCUGCAGCCUCUAAGCUCAACAAGACCCAGGACAAGCAGGUCCUGCUGCAGGCGGCGCCCAGCGAGCCCUCCUCCAACUCAGACCGGGUCCUCAGGCCCAUGUGCUUCGUGAAGCAGCUGGAGAUCCCUCAGUACGGCAGCUACCGGCCCACCGCCGUCACCACCACGCCUAGGGCCAACCUGGCCAAGGAGCUGGAGAAGUACUCCAAGGUGUCCUUCGACUACGCCAGCUUCGACGUGCAGGUGUUCGGCAAGAGGAUGCUGAUCCCCAAGAACCCCGAGGGGGCCCCCAAGGCCUUCAAAGCCAAGGCCUUCCCCAAGGCCUCGUCGCCCAGCCACAGCGUGUCCGGAGGCUUCUCCGUGAGCGCCUCGUCCUCCAGCAGCUACGACUACAGCCAGGACGCCGAGGCGGCCCACAUGGCGGCGACCGCCAUCCUCAACCUGUCCACGCGCUGCUGGGAGAGACCCGAGACCAUCAGCACCAAGCCCCGGGAGCCCAGCUCCAAGGAGUCGGACAUCGAGGUGGACGAGAACGGCACGUUGGACCUUAGCAUGAAGAAGACCAAGAAGGAGGGCGUGCAGCCUCCAGAGCCUUCGUCGUCCUCUCAACACGUCGGCGCCGCGCUGUCUCAGGGCCACGCUCAGCCGGAGUGGGAGGAGCCUCUGGACUUCACUAAGUCAAGUGGAGUGAAAGAGGAAGACCAUGAAGAGGUGGAGUUCACGGCUCCGUCAUACACCUCUUCUGACGGAGAGGAAGAGGACCAGGAGAACCUGGAGGACAGGAAGUACCCCGGGGAGGUCACCACGGGCAGCUUCAAGGUCAAGUUCCAGCCCAAGGACAGCAAGAAGGAGAUUCUGAUAUGUCCCACCCCGGGCUGCGAUGGCAGUGGACACAUCACGGGCAACUACGCCUCCCACCGAAGUCUGUCAGGCUGUCCUCUUGCUGAUAAAUCACUUCGGACCCUCAUGGCUGCCCACACAGCUGAACUAAAGUGUCCCACGCCGGGCUGCGACGGGUCGGGCCACAUCACGGGGAACUACGCCUCGCACCGCAGCCUCUCCGGAUGCCCUCGAGCCAAGAAGGGCGGAGUCAAAUUAACCCCCACCAAGGACGACAAGGAGGACUCUGAGCUCUUGAGGUGUCCGGUCCCCGGCUGCGACAGCCUGGGUCACAUCAGUGGGAAGUACGCCACGCACCGCAGCGCCUACGGCUGCCCGCUGGCCGCCCGCCGCCAGAAGGAGGGCCUCCUGAACGGGACCCCCUUCUCCUGGAAGGCCUUCAAGACCGAGGGCCCAACCUGCCCCACGCCGGGCUGCGACGGCUCGGGCCACGCCAACGGCAGCUUCCUGACGCACCGCAGCCUGUCCGGAUGCCCCAGAGCCACGGCCAACAAGAAGAGGACCAAGUUCCCCGGAGACGAGUACCUCACGGCCAAGUUCAGGGCCAGCGACGUGCUGGACAACGACGAGGACAUCAAGCAGCUCAACAAGGAGAUCAACGAGCUGGGGGAGUCCAACUCGGAGAUGGAGGCGGACAUGAUGAACCUGCACACUCAGAUCUCGUCCAUGGAGAAGAACCUGAAGAGCAUGGAGGAGGAGAACAAACAUAUCGAGGAGAGGAACGAGGCCUUAUUCCUGGAGCUGUCGGGCCUGAGUCAGGCCCUGAUCCGCAGCUUGGCCAACAUCCACCUGCCGGCCAAGCAGGAGGCGCUGUCCGAGCAGAACUUCGACGGCUACGUGGACACGCUGACCCACAUGUUCACCAACAAGGACUGCUACCAGAACCCCGAGAACCGGGCCCUGCUGGAGUCCAUCAACCAGGCGGUGAAGGGCAUCGAGGUGUGACGGACAGGAGGCAUGGGGGGGCGGGGCAUCGAGGUGUGGUGUGACGUA